AUGCUGCAAGCAGCAUACACAGCAGCAAAGGAGAAAGUGGUAGACAAACUGUCAGCUGUGAAGACAAAUGCACUAAAACAUUUUGUGUCAAUUCAGCAGAAAGUCAAAACUAUUGUAGCAUUCUUCAUGAGAAGCUGCAAGGCAACAGAAAGACUGCUGACAUACCAACAAAAUAAUGGGGCAGGUCAUGUUAAAAAACUGGUGCAGGAGGUGCCAACAAGAUGCAGUGAAGACUUCAUUGUACUAUUCACAGUUGAUUUUCAACAACUGACAGACGAGGAAUGGAACAUCUGCUCAGAACUCUGCUCUGUGUUGAAGCCAUUUGCACAGGUUUCAACACAGCUUAGUGCUGAGUCAUAUCCUACCGGCAGCCAAGUUAUUGUUCUGACAAGGGGAUUAUUAUCAGUGUGUGCAGAACUUUUGAAAAGGCCAUUUAACAGUGUGACAAGGACCAUCAUUGAAGAAUUAACAACAGGCCUGAAGGAUCGUUUCCACAAUGUAGAGAUGAGCAAAUCUAUAGGAGUAGCCACUCUACUAGAUCCAUGCUUUAAAUCUCUUGUGUUUGAAAGCCGAGUUGCAGCAGAUAAUGCAAAGAAACAGCUUAUUGAACUAGUAGCAGAAAAGAUGGGUGACAGAAGACUGACAAACACAGGCCAGAGCCAUGAAACUGUGUCAACUUCGACCACCACUGAUCCCUUGUCAGUAUGGGGUGUCUGUGAUGCAAUUGUAAAAUCAACACAGCCCCAGGGCACUCCUCAGUCAGCUGCUAUUGUGGAAGUACACAGGUACAUGGACAGCCCAGUUAUUAGUAGAAGUGAGGAUCCACUGGCAUGGUGGCGUGAAAAUCAAUAUAUUUUCCCAAAUAUUGCUAAAGUGGUGAGGGAAAAAUUCAAUAUAGUGGCCACUUCUGUGCCGUGCGAAAGAAUAUUUUCUAAAACUGGUAUCAUUAUAAAUGAAAGGCGAACACGGCUGAAGGCGUCCAAAGUUGAGAAACUUAUAUUUCUAAAUAUGAACAGUACUAACUCCUGAAUUUCCUGUUACAGGUGGAUUCGAGAGGCACACCAACACCAGCAGAUGAGUCUCCGUUUAAUUCUUGGGAUAUUAUAACAGUAAGGUA